UUCAUCUGUGUGAGCACGUGUAGAAGGUUAGAAGGUAAAUUGUUUAGACAAGAAAUAUAACAAUUUUUGAAUUUGUGGAUAAAUUAGAAUUUAAAAAUUUAAUAUUUAGGUAUUAAGUAAUGUUAGUGAUAUAAUUUAUAUUAUCAGUAAAAAAAAUGCGCAAUUUAAAGUUGAUGAACGUUCGUCGGAUUAACAAUCCAUGCUUAGAAAAAGCAAAAUUUAUUUGCCUCGACGAUUGUGAAGAAUUUGUAUACUUUAUAGCUGAUAGUUCUAUAUAUAAAUUAGAUUUGCGCAAUUCAGAAAUUGAUUUUUGUACAGAAUUAGAUGGAUUACCUGAGAUUAUAAAGUGCACAUAUAUUAUUGAGAAGCAAUCUAUCUGCUUAGCUUGUGCCAAUGGUGAUAUAUUUAUGUAUGAUAUAUCUUUCAGUCAAGUAGAAUCUGUUGGCUCAAUAGCUGAUGGGAUACAAGAUAUGGUAUGGAGUCCAGAUCAAGAAUUGAUUGUUUUUGUGACAAGAACAGAUCUUUUUAUCUUGAUGUCAAAAGACUUUGAUCCAGUUAUAGAAGAUAAUAUACAUUCAGAUGUAUUUGGUGAAAAUGAACCGAUAUCUGUUGGAUGGGGAUCCAAAGAAACUCAGUUUGAUAUUAAAAAACCAUCUAAUAAAAACUGCAAAGAAGUUAUGUCAACAGAAUUUCUUGAUAAGUGUCCUUGCAUUUGCUGGAGAGGUGAUGGUGAAUAUUUUGUGAUAUCUGCAACUGAUUCAUCAAAUAAUCGAAAGCUUCGAAUUUGGAAUAGAGAAGGAAUUUUACAAUUUACCAGUGAGAAAAUUGUAGGUUUAGAAAGUACUUUGGAUUGGAAACCAUCAGGAAAUUUGAUAGCUUCAUCGCAGCACUUUCCUCAAAAGCAUGCUGUUGUAUUUUUUGAAAAGAAUGGAUUACAACAUGGAGAAUUUGAAUUACCAUAUGAACCAAAAACAUUUUAUGUUAAUGGAAUUUCUUGGAAUAUGGAUUCUUCAAUUCUUGCAAUUUGGGGUUAUGAAAUUGGUUAUUCAAACAGUUCUGACAAAACUUACUUUGAACUUUCUUUGUGGACUACAGGCAAUUAUCAUUGGUAUUCAAAGUAUAAUUUCAGAAUUAAUGAUAAAAUUAAUAUUGUACAAUGGGAUCAACAGAAUCCUUAUAAAUUACAUGUUGUAUUUGGUAAUGGUGAUUACAUUCAAUAUUUAUGGAGUUGGUCAAUAAACAGUAGCUUUGGGCAAUCAGAAUUGGAUUCUGCUUCUGUUGCUGUCAUUGAUGGUAAAAAAUUACUUUUGACACCUUUUAGGCAUUUGGUUGUACCACCACCAAUGUCUGCAUUUUCUAUGACUAUGCCAUAUAAUAUAGAAAAUGUUAUUUUUGCACCAUCACCAUACAGUAACAAUUUUAUUAUUUGUCUUAAUAAUAAAAAUAUAGCUAUUGUAAAAUUUGAUUCUAAUGCGUCAUGUUUUGAUGAUAGAUGCAAAUUAGAAAUCCAAAUACCAAAUUCACGAGUCCAGAUCCCAAGUGUGUGCACUUUACAUAAAAUAGUUGAUCCAGAUGAUAAUGCAUUACUUCACUGGACAUGGACAAUGGAAGAUAGAUUAUUUGUAAUUUCUAAAUCACAGAAAAAUAACUACUUAUGUUACAUAAAACUAAAAGAUGAUGAAGAUUUAGUAAUUGAACACUAUCAUAAGAUUGAAGAUGAUGUUAUUAAUAUAUGCACUAAUGAUAUUGGUGACAUAUUGGCUAUUCAGACACACAGUGGAAGUAUAUACAAAUAUGAUUGUAAGUCCAAUAACUUGGAUCUCUGGAUUUUUGAAGAUAAACAUAUAAAAUUUCCUUAUUACUGUCCUAAAAUGUCAAUUUUUAAUAAUAAUAUUAUAUUUGGGUUAAGUGAAAGAUUUCAACUUUAUUGUAAUGAUAAAGAAGUUUCAUCUAAUUGCAUUUCAUUUCAAGUUAACAAAGAUUUUCUUAUAUAUACAACUUAUCAACAUUCUUUGCAAUGUACAUCAAUGGAAGGAAACUUUUUGGAUAUUGUGAAGAACAUUUGCAAUUCAAAAAACCCUAGAAUGAUAGAAAAAGGAUCAAAAUUGAUAACUAGAGUUGCUUGUGAUACUAAAGUGGUAUUACAAUUGCCAAGAGGAAAUUUAGAAGUUAUCCAUCCUCGUACUCUAAUAUAUUACAUUUUGAGAAAGUUAUUGGACAAAUUAGAGUUUAAAACUGCUUUUGAUUUAAUGUGGAAACAUAGAAUAAACAUGAAUUUCAUUUAUGAUCAUAAUCCAACAGCAUUUUUAGACAAUACUGAGCUGUUUGUUCAACAAAUAAAUUCUGUAUCAAAAAUAAACAUAUUCAUUGCUGAUAUUAGAAAUUCAAGUUCUGAUCCAAAUUCUAAAUUAGAAGCUAAAGAUGAAAAUGACAGAGCUUUAAAAUUGAAUGCAGUCUACAAUGCUUUAUUGAAUUCAAUGAAAAGAUUAGAUGAAGAAAAAUAUUUAUUACCUAUAUUAGCUGCACAUGCAAGAAAAAUUGAACCAGAAUUAGAUAUUGUAUUAAAAAAAGUAAAAUCGCUUGAUAACUCUGGAGCAGCUGAUGAAGCCCUCAAAUUUAUUUUCACAAUUAUAGAUGUUAACAGUUUAUAUGAUGUGGCUUUAGGAACAUAUGAUUUUGAUAUCAUAUUAAUGAUUGCUGAAAAAUCAAAUAAGGAUCCUAAAGAAUAUUUACCAUUUUUAAAUUACUUAAAUUCUUUAGAUUCUAAUUAUCAAAAGUUUAAAAUAGAUAUGCAUCUUAAAAAUUAUGAAAAAGCAUUAUAUCAUAUAAGCAAAUGUAAAGAUCAUUUUAAUGAGUGUGUAUCCUUAAUAUGUUCUGAGAGACUCUAUAAAGAAGCAUUACAUAUAUAUCCACCUCAUUCAGAAGAAAAUAAGAAAAUAUGGGCAUUAUAUGGAGAUUAUUUAAUGUCAAAAAGGCUUUAUGAAGAAGCAGGUCUUGUUUAUAAGAGAUGUGAAAAAUUUGAUGAUGCAUUAAAUGCAUUUCAGCUGUGUGGAAAUUGGUGUUUAAUGUUUUCAAUUGCACUACAGCUUGAUUUUGGAAAGGAUAAAUUAGCUGAAUUAGCAACAAAUAGUGUUAUUUUUCUAAAGAAUAAUAGAAGAUAUGCCGAAGCAGCAACACUUUUGGAACAGUUUGCAAAUAAAUAUGAAGAAAGUAUUUUAGUUCUUAUUGAAGGUCAAGAGUGGGAAGAUGCUAUUAGAUUGAUAUAUAAACAUAAUUAUCUAAAUUUACUAGAAACACAUUUAAAACCUGCUUUGCUAGAUACUUUUACCUGUAAUUUUGAAACAAUAAAAAGUAUACAGUAUGAUUUUCAAAAGAAAGUGGAUAGGUUAAAAGUGGUAAGAGCUAUAAAAUUAGAAAGGGCAACUUAUGAUGCAGAUGACCAGGAAGACAAUUAUUCAGAUAUUAGUUCUGUCAGUGGCAGUUCUCAUUCUGUAAAAGGUUCAAAACAUAAAGCCAGGUCUAUUUCAACAGUAAUAUCUAAAAGUAAAAAGAGUAUGAAAAAUUUAUAUAAUUUGAAAGAAGGAAGCCCUUAUGAAGAUCUUGCUUUAAUUGCAAGCCUGAGAGAGCUGAUAAGUAACAUGGAAAUUAUAAAAACUGAUAUGAGAAAACUAAUAAAGACAUUAAUAUUUUUUGAGUAUGAUGAUGAAAGUCAAAAACUUCAGGAAGAAGUACAUAGCUUAAUAGAGUUAAUUGAAAAAAACCUUACAAAUAUUUGGCCUCCAGAAAAUUCAAAUGAGGACUUGUUGACUUUAGGACCAUUAUCAACAGCAAAUACAUUAGCAGCAUUACACAGUAGAGUCCAUUCAAGGAGUGAUGUUGUUCUUGAUCCAGAAUUAAAAUAUCCUCCAAAAAUGAAAACAGUUGAUUGGAAAUUACAAAUGUUAAAAUAACUAACACAUUUCAAUGUUAUCAAUGUAAACUUUGUUGUAAAAUAGAAUUGAAUCUUAAAUUUUAUUAAUUGUUUUAAUAAAUAUUUAUUUAAAUUUUUUUGUUAAUUUACUAGUUGAGAUACCCAGUUUUGCUCAUGAAAAUGGUAUAUUUAAGUAAAGAUAAUAAAUUCAAAUAAAAAUUCACACACAAAUAUUAUACAGUGGAAUUUCUAUAUUUGUAAUACAGUCGACCCCCCUAUAA